AUGGUUGUGUCGCUGCACGUCGACCGAAUUCGGACCGUCGAUGAAGAAGAGCGAGAGCGCUCUUUCAAGGCCGCUUGCUUUUGUGCGUUCGGAAAGGGCAGUCGCGUGUGUGUGUUCAGGGUGCAUCCGAAAGGAGAAAAAAAUAAGAGCGACAGCGACAGCUGCAACCAGAGAUGCAGAGUCGAAACUCCGCAGCUCGCUGGCCUAGCGUGGCUGCCACUUUGCGUCGUCGCCUUCCUCCGUACUAUACGACACCAUACCCUCACUUCGCCUGGUGCGGCGCGGAGACCCCUGUCCUCACCUCGUUCUACGCAUCGAACCCCGUCACCUCGUCGACGCUACCGACCUGUUCUCACUCCGACCGGUCAACCCACGUGCGAUUCGUCCGAGCGAUCACCUGCUUGCAUCUCUUCUCCUUCUUAUGUCAUCCGAAAUUGCUGUGCCCACCCACCAGAGCAGCUGAAACACCGGAUCCUACUCCCGAAUUUUCUUGGGCGACAGGCCAAGACUUUGCCAGGCGCACUCAACGAUCUUGAUAACACUCAGUCAGACUCACUUCGGCCAGCAUCGGUCUAG